AUGGCCGUACCAGCAUUUUCCGACAUCUCAAAAGCAUCUAAUGAUGUACUAGGCAAGGACUUUUAUCACUUGACCCCAGUCUCUUUGGACGUGAAGACUGUUGCUGCCAACGGUGUAACUUUCACUGCCAAAGGUAAAUCUGCCGGUGACAAGCUAUCUGGAAACCUGGAGACCAAGUACGCCGACAAAAAGAACGGUUUGACUUUGACUCAGGGCUGGAACACUGCCAAUGCCCUAGACACCAAGGUUGAGCUGGCUGACACUUUGACUCCCGGUUUGAAAGCUGAGGUUGUCGGAUCUGUUGUUCCCGACAAGAAGAAGGACGCUAAGCUGAAUUUGACCUAUGCUCACCAAGCAUUCACUGCCCGAACAUUCUUGGAUUUGUUAAAGGGCCCUACAGUGAAUGCUGACUUUACCGCUGGUAAAGACGGUGUCACUUUGGGUGGAACUGCUUCCUAUGACAUUAAUGCCGCUUCCGUCACCAAAUAUGCUUUCGCUGUCGGAUACAAGGCCCCAGACUACUCCAUUUCUCUUUCUGCUUUGGAUAACGUCAAACUGUUUUCUGCCGGUUAUUACCACAAAGUUUCUCCUCUCGUCGAGGUAGGUGGUAAAGCUACUUACGACUCUAAGUCCUCUAUUGCAAACCCAGUUGCUUUGGAAGUAGCAACUAAGUAUCAGGUUGAUUCGACAGCUUUCGUUAAAGCCAAAAUAGCUGAUUCUGGUAUUGCCUCAUUUGCCUACUCCCAAGAUUUAAGAAAGGGUGUUAAGUUAGGUUUAGGAGCUGCUAUUGACGUUCUCAAGUUGAACGAGGCCACUCAUAAGCUAGGUGUAUCUCUUUCUUUCUCUGCUUAA